UGGGUCGAAGAAUGCGUCUUAGAACAUAUCAAGCUGCAUGAUAAUCUGACGAUCUUGAGUUGGCUGCGCUUAUAGCAACCGAUAAGACUAACCCUUAGGUACACGUACACAAUGGCUUCUCUGCAGGAUGGAGUAUAAGAGCUAGUGAGAACUCGCUGAUAAGGUGGACUGGUCUCAAUUACUCCCUCCUAGAGCUUUAGUUUUGUAGUCUAUUCGUCCAGUAUUGCUGUAUUAUUAUAAAAUCUACAAUUCAACUCUUACUACGUCUCACACCCCUUAAAAGCACUUACCAUGAGUGUUGAACAAAGAGUAACUAAGGGAGAGCAUCCCGAACCCCCCUAUCCUCUCCAUUCCUCCAUAGUCCACCGCAUCAACCCUCAGUAUGAGGCUUUCUAUAACAAACAUAUAAUCAAAAACCAGCAAGUUCACUUGCAGCCCAUAGAAGCUUCGCGGGCAAGUGGCACUCUAAUCCCAGGUGCCGGGCCCCCUGUCCCCGUGGCCCAGACAAAGGACUAUAGCAUCUCGCGGCAGGAGACUACCGGCCCAGAUGUCAGCAUUCGAGCGUUCACACCCAAUGGAUCCAAGCCCGCCGAGGGAUGGCCUGUUUGUAUUUAUUUUCACGGCGGCGGUUGGGUUUUAGGAACUAUCGACACAGAAAACGUAAUCGCAACAAAUCUCUGCUCCCGCGGCAAGUGUGUCGUUAUCGCCGUAGACUACAGACUUGCCCCCGAGGACCCCUUUCCUGCUGCAGUGGACGACUGUUGGGAAAGUGUGCUGUGGACUGUAGGUCAAGGGAAAGAAGCUUUGCAACUAAAUACUACCAAGCUUGCUACCGGAGGCUCUUCCGCGGGCGGAAACUUAGCUGCGAUCAUGUGCCAACGCGCCGCCAACUUAGGCAGUUUCAAGUUCUCCUUACAAUUACUUUCGGUCCCGGUGACGGACAACACGGCGGACAUACACAACAACGCAUCGUGGAGGGAAAACCAGCAUACCCCGGCCCUUCCUGCUCCCAAGAUGCUCUGGUACCGAGAACACUACCUGCCUAACCGGUCAGACUGGUCUCACCCCGAAGCGAGUCCGUUAUUGUGGGAAGAGGACUGGUCGAAACUUCCACCUGCUGUUAUCGUUGUUGGAGAACUGGAUGUGUUGAGGGAUGAAGGGCGGCAGUUUGGAGAUAAACUGCGCAAUGCGGGCGUAAGGGCUGAUGUUCAUACCAUGGCUGGCCAGCCACACCCCUUUAUUGCUAUGGAUGGUGUCCUGGACGCCGGAAGGGAAGCUAUCACAUACUUCUGCGAUGCGCUUAGGGAAACAAUGUACCCGGAACCGGACUCCGUGCCUAAAUAAAUAAGCGAUGCGCUAUGUCUCACGAUUGUCUUGUUAAGAAGCACCUAGAUUCACUGGUGUAUCAAUACAUUAGGUAGUAACUCAAAAUGUUAGACUAUCAAUUCUGAGUCCGUAUGGUUUGGGCUAGGUCUGUUCAAAGCUAAACUUGUU